AUGGUUACAAAAGAACAAAUUCAUGACACUUCAUUCCCAAUCAGGGAAAGAAUGGAGGCACUUAUCCGUUGGAAACAACAAGAGAUCACCAAUGCCCUUGCAGAACUAGACACCGUCACAUUCCAUACCGAUAAAUGGACCAGAGGUGACAAUGGAGGAGGUGGAGAAUCCAUGGUUUUACAAAACGGAACCACAUUUGAAAAGGGUGGGGUUAAUAUCUCAAUUGUUCAUGGAAAAUUACCAGCUGCAGCAGUUGAUAGAAUGAAAGCUGAUCAUUCUAAUUUAAAGGGGUGUGCUAGUGAUGGUAGUGCAAAUUUCUUUGCUUGUGGAUUGUCAAUGGUCAUUCACCCUAUUAAUCCCCAUGCUCCUACCACACAUGCUAAUUAUCGUUAUUUCGAAACUACUGAUCCAGAUACUAAUGAGGUUCAAGCUUGGUGGUUUGGUGGAGGUGCUGAUUUGACUCCAUCAUAUUUGUAUGAAGAAGAUGCUAAACAUUUCCAUCAAUUACAUAAAGAUGCUUUAGAUAAACAUGAUGUUGAAUUAUAUCCUAAAUAUAAGAAAUGGUGUGAUGAAUAUUUCUAUAUUAAACAUAGAGGUGAAACUAGAGGUAUUGGUGGAAUUUUCUUUGAUGAUUUUGAUUCAAAACCAGCUGAUGAAAUCUUAAAGAUCAUUGAAUCUUGUUUUGAUGCAUUUAUUCCUGCUUAUUGUCCAAUUAUUGCCAAGAGAAAGGAUACUCCUUAUACUCCUGAACAAAAGCAAUGGCAACAAAUUAGAAGAGGAAGAUAUGUUGAAUUUAAUUUGGUUUUGGAUAGAGGCACUCAAUUUGGAUUACAAACCCCAGGAUCAAGAGUUGAGAGUAUUUUAAUGUCGUUACCUGCAACUGCUAGUUGGGUUUAUGACCAUCAUCCUGAAGAAGGUACUGAAGAAGCUAAAUUGUUGGAAGUUUUAAAGAAUCCUGUUGAAUGGGUUUAA